AUGUCUUUAAUAGGCCGCCUUGCAACGAAGCAAUCUGCUUGGCUUAAUGGGUUGAUUGCCAGAUCGGCAUGGGCAUCUUUCGCGACUGCAGCUAUAGAUGAAAGUGCUUCACAUCAACCGAGCACAAGCGGGCAAGCAAAACGUAUCCGCAGCAAGGAGCUUAGCGCUGCUUCUGUCGGCGCCUAUUAUUCCCUGGAUCCGGCGGUGUUGCCGGAGGCUGGCCAGGUGUACGCAGGCGCCUUCUACGCCCCGCGCGAGCCCGGCCACGAGCGCCACGGGGGAUGCAAGGCGCUCCAACAGGAGGUGUCUUUGACAGGCACUCAUUCAAUCAUGUAUCGGCCUGUUAUGCAUAAUCUCUUUAACGCCCUCGGCGCUCACGACCGGCACCACCAGCGGCUGCUGCUCAGCGGCCCAGCCGGCUCCGGGAAAUCCAUUGCGCUGGUCGGGCUCGUGGAAUGGGCACGCAGCAGCAACCGCUGGGACACCCUCACUUCGGCACAACAGCUGCUCAAGGGGCUGAUGGAUGCGCACGGACCCAAGCUCAAACAGAUGCCGGUGCUGAGCCUUCUCGAGGAGCAGCAACCGCAGCAGCAGCAGCACCAGCGGCAGCCAGCAGCAGGGGCAGCCGCGUCAGACGGGGCAUUAUCAGCCGAGGCGGAGGCCGCGGCAGCACUGCGGGAGAGCUUUCGGGGUCGUACACUGUAUGACUUAGCAACUGGGGCCCUACGCGGGGAUGACAACGCGCAGUUGGCCGCGGACACGGUUCUGGAGCUGGUACGGCAGCUGAUGGCCGCCUCUUCUGUGGUGCGGGACGGAAAGCCGCAGUCCCCCGUGCUGUUUGCGCUGGACGACUACAACUGCCUGUACGGCGGUACGGACUACGGUUGGUACUCGCCGCGCGAGGAUCCGCGGAGGGCGCGGCGGCGGCCUAUCCACUCGGAUGACCUGGUCCUGGCCUCGGGCUUGCGGCUGAUGGAUACCCCGCAGCUGGGGACCGCAACUGUGGUGGCGGCAACUACCACCUCGUUGUCGCUGCCAGCGCCGCCGGCACCGCCGGCCCUACGGAUGCCGCACACGGAACUACGCGUGCCGGGCUUUAGCGAGGCGGAGGUCCGGAACGCAUUGGCCCAUUACCACGCGACCGGCUACGCCAGCUGCCUGGCUACUUCACGCCAAGCCCGCCAAUUGCACGCCCUUACACAGGGCAAUGCACGGGAGCUGCGGAUGAAUACAAGCACGUUGGGCCUCAAGCUCAGCUAG